UUAUGUGGGGAGUAUGGCGUCCACGCUUUCCCACCAAAAGCCUAUACAACAACCACUACCAAGAUUACAUGCAUCUAUCUCAUCCAAAACAAUGGCUCUCCAGACGCCACUCAGACUACCAACCACCAGAUCAACACCUUCACCUUCUACUCUAUCUCCGGCAGGCGGCAGCAAUGUCGGCCUCCGCCGGCCAUCCAACCAGCUAGCAAUGAAAUCAUCAUUCUAUCUCUCACCCUCCCUUCAAUUACUGCUUCCCCGCCAUCAGCCCUCAGCCGCACCCAAAUUCGCCAUGCGAGCUGCCUCCAAACAAGCUUACAUUUGCCGCGACUGCGGGUACAUCUAUAGCGAUAAAACCCCCUUUGAGAAGCUCCCUGAUAAAUACUUCUGCCCAGUUUGUGGUGCCCCGAAACGACGAUUCAGGGAAUACACACCUCCGGUGACCAAAAAUGCGAAUUCAACAGAUGUUAGAAAGGCAAGGAAAGCUGAACUCAAGAGAGAUGAAGCCAUCGGGAAAGCGUUACCAAUUGCAAUUGCUGUUGGAGUCGUUGCGCUUGUUGGCUUAUACUUGUACCUCAACAGCACUUUCUAAUACUUUUGCCCAGAAUUGGUACGUUGCCCGAAAAUUACUGUAAUCUGAUUUCAGUUUUGUAGAUUCUGAUUUCCUCCAAGAACUCUGCUUGAUGUAUUUAUAUUUGUACAAUCUGGUUUUAUUCAUCCAGAAAAUUCAUAUAUUAAAACUGUACCAUUUAUAAAGAAAGUCUAGAGAAAU